UAUAAACGUAAAAAGGCGUUAUGUAACCACAGAACAUCUAUUAGAACCUACAGCUAUCUCAGCGGUUAGGCCGAUUUUGGUAUAGUUUGUUUUUGAUACCGCAUAACAGUAGAAGUAGAAGUACCGUUAACCGGUUAACGGUUAACCUUAUAUUAUGAAAUAACCUGUUGACACACAAGUUGAUGAAUAUAGAAAAGCCUGUUAUUUUUGUCUAUCACUACGCAUGCUUUGUGCUGUCGAGGAAAAGGCGGGAAACAAGUGAGGUUAUUUUGUUUUUAACUUUUUGAGAUGUGAAUAAAAGAAAGUAGUCUGAAAGUUCUCUUUUAUUGAAUAAAGUAUACAAACAAAAUGGUGUUACAAAAUACAGGAAAAUUUCGAGCUGAUAGGGCUGAAAAACCCACAAAAGGCAAUGUCCAAGGAAAUAGAGAAGAAACUUCAGAGUUCCGUCUUAGACAAGCUAUUGAAAACGAUGCAAUUGAUCUCAGAUAUGGCUUUGAUCGGAUCAAAGACCACCAAGAGAGGACUGGAUUUAUGUUGAAUAUGCAUGCAACUGAAAUACUGGAUGAAGACAAAAGGUUAGUUGCAGCUGUGGAUUACUAUUUCAUGGAAGAAGAUGGUACACGUUUCAAAGUGUCUUAUCCUUUCAUGCCAUACUUCUACGUUUUGACAAAGAGAGAGUUAAUACAGGAGGUGUCGGAAUUCUUGACAAAAAAGUUUUCUGGCACAAUCGCCAAAAUUGAAACGGUUACUAAGGAGGAUUUGGAUCUGGCAAACCAUCUAAUAGGCUUGAAACAGAAAUACAUCAAACUGUCAUUUGUUAAUCAGACAGACAUGAUAAAAGUACGCAAAGACAUAUUGAAGGUAGUUAGGAAAAAUAGGAAGAAAGAAGAUAGUAACGCCUAUUACACUGAAAUGUUGGCACAAACUUUAGCAACAACUUCUGAAAAUGUUGUUCAUAAGAUCGACACUGAUCAGAUGGAGAACAUUCUGGAUAUCAGGGAAUAUGAUGUCCCCUACCAUGUGAGAGUCUCCAUAGACCUCAAAAUCUUCUGUGGCUCUUGGUAUACAGUAAAAACUAAGGCCAAAGAAGCCUUGCCAGUGAUUUGUCCGAGAAGCGACAUCAUCGAAAGACCCGAGCCAAUAGUAUUGGCAUUUGAUAUCGAAACAACCAAACUGCCAUUGAAGUUUCCAGAUGCUGCGACUGAUCAGAUUAUGAUGAUUUCAUAUAUGAUAGACGGACAAGGUUACCUUAUAACAAACCGAGAAAUCAUAUCGGCAGAUAUAGAGGAUUUUGAAUAUACACCAAAACCGGAAUUUGAAGGGAAAUUCACCAUUUUCAACGAACCAAACGAAAUGAAUCUGAUUCAGAGAUUCUUCGACCAUAUUCUUGAAGUUAGGCCGCACGUUUUUGUCACGUACAACGGAGAUUUUUUCGAUUGGCCCUUCGUCGAAGCAAGAGCCGCCUCCUAUAAUUUGGACAUGAAACAGGAAAUUGGAUUUUCAAAGAACCGAGAAGGCGUGUAUUGCUGUAGACCAGCAAUGCAUAUGGAUUGCCUAUGUUGGGUAAAGAGAGACUCAUAUUUGCCUGUGGGCUCACAAAACUUGAAGGCUGUCGCUAAAGCGAAAUUAAGGUACGAUCCAGUAGAGUUGGACCCGGAGGAAAUGUGUCCACUGGCUGCUUCAGCACCGCAGGUUCUGUCGAAUUACUCUGUAUCAGAUGCUGUAGCCACGUAUUAUUUGUAUAUGCAGUAUGUCCAUCCGUUUAUUUUUGCUUUGUGUACCAUUAUCCCUUGUGAACCAGAUGAAGUGUUGAGAAAAGGAUCAGGUACGUUAUGUGAAGCCCUUCUAAUGGUCGAAGCAUUCCAUGCAAACAUAAUUUUUCCAAACAAAGAAGAAUCAGAGUUUAACAAAUUAACUCACGACGGCCAUGUUUUGGUGCAAGAAACUUAUGUUGGAGGACAUGUGGAAGCCUUAGAGUCUGGAGUUUUCAGGGCUGACAUCCCAUGCCGCUUUCGUAUUGUCCCAGAAGCUGUACAGCAAUUGAUAGACAAUGUGCCUCGGACUUUGGAACAUGCUAUUGUGGUAGAGGAAGGGGUGCCUAUGGACAGUGUCACAAAUCUAGCAGAAGUUACCGAGGAAGUCAAGUCGAAACUUUUAGCAUUAAUGGACCAACCGCUGAGGCUGGAACGACCACUGAUCUAUCAUUUGGAUGUUGGCGCCAUGUAUCCUAACAUCAUCCUGACAAAUCGCUUGCAGCCCUGCGCUAUGGUAGACGAAACAAUGUGCGCUUCUUGCGAUUUUAACAAACCUGGAGCAUUGUGCCAAAGAAGCAUGGCUUGGAUGAUGCGAGAGGAAUACAUGCCGGCAUCCCGUAACGAGUAUCAACGAAUCCAACAACAAUUAGAAACUGAAAAAUUCCCUCCCGCCUUUCCCGGAGGCCCGCCAAGAGCGUUUCAUCAAUUGAGCAGGCAGGAACAGGCAGAUUUAGAAAAGAAACGGCUAUCGGUGUACUGCAGAAAAGUAUAUAAAAAGCUAAAUGCACCAGGAUAGAAGAAAGGAACACCACCAUAUGCCAAAGAGAGAAUUCCUUCUAUGUUGAUACUGUCAGAGCCUUCAGAGAUAGAAGGUACGAGUAUAAGGGUCUAUCGAAAAAGGCAAAGGCGGCUGUAGUAGCAGCCGUGAAAGGCGGAGAUGCAUCCGAAAUAAAAUCUGCCAAGAACAGAGAGGUGCUUUACGAUUCUUUGCAAUUGGCGCAUAAGUGUAUCUUGAACUCGUUCUAUGGAUACGUAAUGAGAAAAGGAGCCCGUUGGCACAGCAUGGAAAUGGCGGGAAUAGUAUGUUAUACAGGUGCAAAUAUAAUCAUGAAAGCUCGUGAGAUCAUCGAGCAAGUUGGCCGCCCUUUGGAACUGGAUACUGACGGUAUUUGGUGCAUUCUGCCCGCGUCCUUCCCAGAAAAUUUCACCAUUCUAGCCACGCACGAGAAAAAGCAAAAGUUCAACAUAUCCUAUCCGAACACUGUCCUGAAUUCCAUGGUCAAGGAAUAUUUCACCAACGAUCAGUAUCACGAACUGGUGAACCCAGAAAACUUUGAGUAUAAAAUCAGAAGCGAAAACUCCAUAUUCUUCGAAGUAGACGGCCCGUACAAAGCAAUGGUAUUACCUGCGAGCAAGGAGGAAGGCAAGAAACUGAAAAAGAGAUAUGCGGUUUUCAAUUUUGAUGGAUCUCUAGCUGAAUUAAAAGGUUUCGAAGUGAAACGGAGAGGUGAACUACAGCUAAUCAAGAAUUUCCAAUCCUCCGUCUUCGAAGCGUUCCUUAAAGGAGAUACUUUAGAAUCGUGCUAUGCGGCUGUAUCCCAAGUUGCCGAUUACUGGUUGGACGUACUUUUCUCUAAAGGUCGUAACAUGCCCGAUUCGGAACUGUUCGACUUGAUAUCAGAGAACAGGUCAAUGUCAAAGAAGUUGGACGAAUACGGUGGGCAGAAGAGUACAUCGAUCAGUACCGCGAAGCGACUGGCGGAAUUUUUAGGUGAUCAGAUGGUCAAAGAUGCGGGAUUGGCGUGCAAAUAUGUCAUAUCUAGAAAGCCAGAAGGAGCGCCUGUCACAGAAAGGGCAAUCCCGUUAGCAAUUUUUCAAUCAGAAGAGGCGAUACAAAAACAUUAUUUGAGGAAAUGGCUGAAAGACAGCUCCUUAGGGGAAAUUGACAUUCGUGACAUACUGGAUUGGGAUUACUAUAUUGAGCGUCUAGGAGGAGCUAUCCAGAAAAUUAUCACCAUUCCAGCUGCCAUGCAAGGGGUCCCAAAUCCAGUUCCCAGAGUCAGACACCCCGACUGGUUGCACAAGAAAAUCCUAGAGAAAAACGACAAUUUCAAACAAAGACGAAUUACCGAUAUGUUCACACACAGCGCCAAACCAGUGGAUCAGUUCGGCAGCUCGAACGGGACAGAUUCCAACAUGGGCGACAUUGAAGAUGGAGGACGAAGCAACAGAUCGAAUUUCAAGUCGCCAGUCGCGGUGGUGACGAAACGCAAAAGGGGAUCUGAUAAGGAGAAUGAAUUUAGUGAAGAGGAUUUGAAUAAAACUUGGAGGGAGGUUUUAGGCAAUCCUCCAUCCAUUGGGGAUACGAAGGAGCAACACGCAGCUUGGAUCUUGUUCCAAAAGCGAAAAUGGCUAUUCCAGUCGUUGCAAAAGAACCUGGGUCAGAAAAACAAAAAGACUAAAACGACUGGUACGUCUGCGGCUGUCCUAAGAUCUUCAGCAGCAGGCACCUUAGGGAGCUUUAUACAAAGGGCACAACGAAUGUUGUUAACCUCACCGUGGCAGGUGUUGCAAAUCGCAGCUACGAACGUUCCUGGAGAAUUUCGACUUUGGGCUUUGGUACAAAAUGAACUCCAUAUGGUGAAAUUAAUAGUUCCAAGGAUAUUCUAUGCCAAUCUAAAAUCGCCAAAAAUUGUUGAGGAAGGAGCUCUGUUCAAGAAAUGCAACAGAACGCUGCCUAGAUCAAAACAGGUGUACCAUCUUUACAAAUACUCUGUACCCGAGGAAGUUUUCCAAGAACACGGAAAGAAGUUAUACCUGGAUCAAACUGACCCAAAUGUGGAAGGCGUAUACGAAACUCAGGUCACGCCAAUGUUGAGAGCCCUUAUGCACAUCGGCUGCGUUUGCAAGGUUACCCGAGGUGUCCAAAGCAUGGACAAAUUCAAUUUAGACGACCUUGAUAUGAUAAGCAUCGCCAGACAACCGUAUCUGCCCAAGGACAAUAUGAAACAUCUUUAUUUCUAUCACCAUAGACAUCCAACUAAGCCGCAACAUAUGUUUGGAUUGUGCUUGACGCCGCUCAAAAAAAUCAUUAUCCUAGUCGUGGAUACUGUCAGGACUAACUUGAUGCCGAAUAUGGUGAAUUUGUACAAUGCUGAACGAAUGACAAAAUUACAGAAAAACGCUGAUGAUGAACUGCUGCCCCCGGACGAAUUAACAUUCGAAGUCCGUGUGGAAACUGAUAUAAAUCUCGUGUACAAGAUGCUUCAAAAACAUCUUCAGGCUUAUAAAGAUGAGAAAAAGGGCCCUACGCUGUUAGCUGUCCAGUCUACGAUGGAUAUGUCCGAUCUCCAAAAGUCGAUCCCACAUUUCAACGAGUUUCCAUUGGUGCAGAUAUUUGUGCAAGACAUCGAAGAAUUGUACAACGUUAUGGAUUGGCAGAAAAUCGGCGCCAAGGCUUUGGUUCGACACUAUCUGAAUAGUGAAAGGGUGUUAGAACUGAUGUCAGAACAAUGCCGUUACUUUCAUGUACCGCUCGGAAAUAUGCCUGAAGAUCCAGCACUAUUUGGCGCGGACAUUUUUUAUGCCAGGCAUCUUACAAAGCACAAUCACGUGCUCUGGUGUUCUCCUACAGACAAACCGGAUCUUGGAGGAAGCCAGGAAACUGAUUCUAGGUUAUUAGCAGAAAACCAAGAAGGUUCAACAGAGGUUUGCAAUCAAGCAGGAUGGUAUGCAUCUGUGUGCAUUGAACUUGAUAUUGACAGCUUAGCUAUAAACACAUUGCUUCAGUCUCAUCAUGUCAGUGAUAUUGAAGGUACCAGUAACGUGGUGGCGUUUGAUGCCGUCGCCACGACGACAAUCAACGACAUGGUCAGUGGAAAUCAGCCUCUAACGUCAUACGACGAAUCGGCAAGAUGUGCAGAGGCCUUCAAGAUACUAAGAAUCAUGGCUACAGGAUGGAUGAGAGACAUUUCAGUUUACAGAAACGUUUUCGCCGAUUUUCAAGUUAUACAUUUCUACAGGUGGCUUAGAUCGGCAAAGGCGCUGUUAUACGACCCGGCACUGUUGAGAACUUUACAGAACCUUAUGAAAAAAUUAUUCUUGCAACUAGUGGCCGAGUUUAAAAGACUGGGAUGCAUGAUAAUAUACGCCAACUUCGACAAAAUUGUAAUAUGUUCCAAGAGAAGAAAGGCCAAAGAUGCCUUGGACAAUAUGGAAUUCAUUGUAUCGUCUAUUAGGAACAAGGAAUUGUUCCAUUCGCUAGAAAUAACCUACAGGCGAUGUUGGGAGCAUCUGGUGUGGCUGGACCCAGCAAAUUUUGGUGGCGUGCAAGGAAAACUUCCCGAGGAUAUGCAGAACGAAAUCACACAAAACGGUGAGAAGGAUGGCGAAGAGAAAGAUGAUGACGAUGAGGAAUCCGACGAUCCCGUUGUCGUGAUGAACUGGAACAUCGCCGAAAUCUUGCCGGAAACUGCAAAUUGCAGGAACAAUUUCAAUGCUGUGAUAGCCGGGUAUAUCAACGCGAUAUACACCUAUAUUAAGAAAAAUGAAGAUCGGAUAAAUAUGGUCGUACUGAGUCAGCCGUCUCUUGGCCUGGGUCAAUAUGACAACGUUACUGAGUAUGCUAAAGACUUAUUGGCUGACGAGAUGAGUCAAACCCUGUUUAGAAUGACAGAAAAAAUUGACAGCCGUCUACCACCACUUCCUGAUGGAACCAGUGCUGCUUUGGAUUUUGUUAAAGCUGUUUGUCAUAUACUAGGACUCGACCCUGCUAUGCAAGAUGCUGUUGAUACUUUGAAAAGUAACUUACUACGAUUAAUCAAUGUCGGCGAAUUUUCCGAAAAAGCAGUGUGGUACGAUCAAACGGUCUCCUACGUAGUUCCUCAGAUAAUAUGCAAAUCGUGCAAUCACUGUAGGGAUAUCGACUUGGGAAGGGAUCAGUAUCGAUCAGAUUCAGCUUGGUUGUGUCCUCUAUGCAAUACGCCUUAUGACAAUGUUGAAAUCGAAUGCAUCAUGUUGGAGAUCAUAAACAGGAAAUUUUUGGCUUACAAUUUACAGGAUCUUCAGUGCAAAAAGUGUAACCAGAUAAAGCUGGAAAAUUUAGCGAGGCAUUGCCAGUGUUCUUCAGAGUUCAAGUGUAUAUUAUCCAGAGAUGAUAUAAUAAAAUUGCUGCAAACAUUCCUCUCACUUGGCAAAAGGUUCCAUAUGCCUGCUUUAACUGAGACUGUUGAGGAUAUUUUGAAAUUAACGUGAUGUAUCUAAGUUUUUUGCACGAUUAUUUUAGGAAAUAAGUGCAAAAUUGUUAUUGUUUUGUAUUAAUUUAUAACCGUUUUUCAAGCAUUUUUAUUAAAUAAAGUUUCUUAUCACA